AUGUCCUCCCGUCGGUUUCAUAGGAAAUCGCGAAGCGGAUGCUCGCAUUGCAAGAAAAGACAUAUCAAAUGUGAUGAAGGUCGUCCAAACUGCGCGAACUGCCAGCGAGCAGGUGUCGUAUGUACCUAUGAUCAACUCAAAGUACCCAGUAGUCCAGCACAAAGCGCAAGUGCAAGUCCAGCUGGUUCUACAGCGUCUACUUUGGUGUACGACCAUGCUCCGACGUUCGAUAUGCUCGACCUGACUCUGAUGCACCACUACACAAUAUCAACAUCUCUCGACUUGUUUGCUGGACAAGGCUCUCGGAAGAUCUGGCAAGAGGUGAUUCCGAGGGAAGCGCAAUCAAGUCCCCUACUAAUGCAUGGUCUUCUUGCGCUGGCAUCCAUGCAACUUGCCUCGACACGACUCAACGAGCGACAAAUAUAUGCAACUCGAGCAUUGGCUCACCAGAAUGCUGGAACUAGGCUGUUCCGAAGCAUGCUCGAACAAGUCCGUACACCCGAUGGCCAUGUUAUCUUCAUAUUUAGCAUGAUCCUACCAAUCUUGGCUUUCGCCUUUCCACACACGUGUGACGAUCCACCAGACAUUGACGGUAUACUCGACCUGUUUAGUUUGAUUCGAGGGUGCAAAACAGUGUGGCUCAUGAAUCCGGAACUCAUUGAUGCUAGUCCGGUAGCGCAAUGGGUCGAGACUACCAUUGUCGGACAUCCGAUCGAGAUGAAACCAGAAGUCGAUCAUCGAUUCCAAGCUCUGCGAGCAAGCUUGACAAAUCCAGCAGAUAUUGUUGCCUGCGAUCAGCUCAUAGACUUCACUCGUGGAGAGCUUGCGACAUCGCCUGAUGGAGUCGCAAACUUAGGGCGCUGGCCUACUAUGGUAUCGGAUGCGUUCUGGAUGCGGCUGCAGAAUCACGAGCUGGACUCUUUGCUUGUACUCUCACAUUACUCUGUUGUCUUGGGCGCACCUAGCUAUCGCUGGUGGACUACUAAUUGGGACUCCAUCUUACUACAAGCCAUCGACAAAGCUCUGCCUGAAGCUGACAAGAAAGCAACGGGAUGGGACUAUGCUACCAUGAUGAAGUUCGCAAACUCGUGCAAGGCGAGAUGA